ACUGAAACAAGUGGGUUGCAUCCUCACUCCUCCCUUUCACUAUAAAUACACCCCUUCUCCUCCCCCAUUUCCCAUCACAUAAUCCCAAUUCUCUUCGAUAAUCGAUCGAAUUCGAUUUUUCAUUCUUCUUGUUCUUCUUCCUUAAUCGACAAUGGAUAUUGAUUUGUCCCCAAAAUUGCCCCAGAAGUUGUACGGAGGAGCCGGAGGAUCGUACCAUGCAUGGUGCCCCAAUGAUCUACCAAUGCUUCGUCAAGGUAACAUCGGUGCUGGUAAGCUCGCUCUUGAGAAAGGCGGUCUUGCUCUCCCUCGUUACUCAGAUUCCGCCAAGGUUGCUUACGUUCUUCAAGGCAAUGGAGUUGCUGGCAUUGUCCUGCCUGAGAAAGAAGAGAAAGUCCUAGCAAUCAAGACGGGUGAUGCCAUUGCCCUCCCUUUUGGUGUAAUCACAUGGUGGUACAACAAAGAGGACACCGAGCUCAUUGUCCUCUUUUUGGGUGAUACCAAAACUGCCCACAAACCAGGCUCAUUCACUGACAUCUUCUUAACCGGCUCCAAUGGCAUCUUCACUGGUUUCUCCAUGGAGUUUGUCUGUCGUGCUUGGGACGUAGAUGAAGCCACCGCUAAACAACUUGUGGGAAACCAAACUGGCAACGGAAUCAUCAAAGUUGAUGCUGGUGUUAAGAUGCCUGAACCCAAUAAAGAUCACAGAAAUGGGAUGGCUCUGAACUGUUUAGAUGCUCCAUUGGAUGUUGACAUUAAGGGUGGUGGUAGGGUGGUUGUGUUGAACACAAAGAACUUGCCUUUGGUUGGAGAAGUUGGUUUAGGAGCUGAUCUUGUGAGGUUGGAUGGUAAUGCUAUGUGCUCUCCUGGAUUCUCCUGCGACUCUGCGCUUCAAGUGACUUAUAUCGUUAGGGGCACUGGACGUGCUCAAAUUGUUGGCGUUGACGGGAAACGUGUUCUUGAAACCACUGUCAAGGCCGGGAAUUUGUUCAUUGUUCCUAGGUUCUUUGUUGUUUCCAAGAUUUCCGAUAACGAAGGCCUGGAAUGGUUCUCUAUCAUCUCCACUCCCAACCCGAUAUUCACUCAUAUGGCUGGAAGAACAUCGGCAUGGAAGGCGUUGUCUGCUGGGGUGCUACAAGCUUCCUUCAAUGUGAGUCCUGAGAUCGAGAAGACCUUCCGUUCGAAGAGGAUGAACAGCGAAAUCUUCUUUGCUCCAUCAAAAUAAGAAAGCAGCUGUAUACGGAUUACAUGCUAUUUCUCUUAUGCUUAUUGGAAUAAUGACUAGCUAGUAUUGUUGAUGGACAUAAAUCCUGGAUUAUGGAUUUCCUACCUUUUUAGUGGGGUGAUAAAAUCUUUUUGGUACC